ACGGUUGCGGAAGGUGCUCCUGAACGGGGAGAAUCGGAGCAACCCGUGACAAAACCUCCGGCACCAGUGGCCGUGGAAACUGGUGCCGUUGGAGGACGAAAUACAGAAGAUUUGGAACCAACCGGUGAUGGGUAUCCAACAGAAACUGAAGCUUCCACAGGAAAGAAAAACCGUAGGAAAAAGAAGCCACCCACUUCAACGGUUGCGGAAGGUGCUCCUGAACGGGGAGAAUCGGAGCAACCCGUGACAAAACCUCCGGCACCAGUGGCCGUGGAAACUGGUGCCGUUGGAGGACGAAAUACAGAAGAUUUGGAACCAACCGGUGAUGGGUAUCCAACAGAAACUGAAGCUUCCACAGGAAAGAAAAACCGUAGGAAAAAGAAGCCACCCACUUCAACGGUUGCGGAAGGUGCUCCUGAACGGGGAGAAUCGGAGCAACCCGUGACAAAACCUCCGGCACCAGUGGCCGUGGAAACUGGUGCCGUUGGAGGACGAAAUACAGAAGAUUUGGAACCAACCGGUGAUGGGUAUCCAACAGAAACUGAAGCUUCCACAGGAAAGAAAAACCGUAGGAAAAAGAAGCCACCCACUUCCUUGCUGACCUCGACGGGUGCCCUUUACUUUGAAGAGCACUUUGAAGGUGUCCUCGGUCGCUUGAUGAUCCAUCUCUUCUUGGUGUUCAACCAUUGCACUUGUUAUAAUUUUCCUUGUACCCAUACCCAGUUGUGUUGA